CUUCAAAAUGGAUGAUUAUAAUUAUAAUUAUAAUUAUCGUACCGUCACACGACUUUUACAGCCUAACAUGUAUGUGACGUCACUCGAUCUUACCGAUGGGUAUUUAUUCAUCCCAAUUCACUCAAGUCUUCGGAAAUAUUUGAGAUUUAAAUUUGAACAAAACCUGUACGAAUUUACAGCGCUGCCUUUCGGAUUAGCGAUAGUUCCGAAUGUAUUUAGCAAAAUUACGAGGUUACUUACUUGCAUUCUCAAGGUAAUUUAUGCGCCAAAUAUUUAGGCGAUUUUCUCAUACUUGGCAACUCAUAUUCCGGUUGCCUACGGGGAACGGGAAAAACCGUUCACGUCCUACAAUCCUUGGGAUUCAUAAUCAAUGAAUCAAAGAGUCAGCUACACCCCUCACAGACAUGUCAGUACUUAGGGUUUUUUAUUUAACAGAAAAACCAGGACAAUUGCUCUCCAUCCGGAGAAACGUCAAGAACUCCACAUUCGGACAACCGCCAUUAAAUACGGUUGGCUAUAUACUCGACAACUAGAAGGAGGAAAAUGCAAAGCGCUUUCCCACCAUGCUUUAAACUAUAAAGCAAAAAUACAACUGUCAGCUGUUUUUCUGCCAGACUUCAUGCGGUGGAACACCGCAAUUCGAGUAAAGAAAAAAAAAAACAAUAUUCAGUAAGACGAGUAUCAGCGAAUCAUUUCCACCGACGCUUCUUUAAACGGUUGGGGGGGGCACACUGCAACGGGGAGAAUAGACACGGUUGGUGGAAUAAGAGAAAGAAAAACGUAUAAACAUAUCAAUUAUCUAGAAUUACUAGCAACAUUUUUUGGUCUAAAAUGGUUUUUGUAAACCACUCAGAUCAUGCAACAUACUGAUCAGAACAGGCAAUACCACCGCGCUAAGCUAUAUCAAAAAUGGGUAGCGUUCGACACCCACAACUAGGCGAUUUAGCUAUGGAAAUUUGGCAGUGGUGUGAAAUACGCGAUUUAUGAUUAUACGCGGCACAUAUCCCCUCCAAAAGACAAUAUAGACGCAGAUCGCGAAUCACGAACACUCCACAGAUACAUAAUGGAGUCUCAAUGAAAAAGCUUUCCAACAAAUUAUUCAACGGUUUGGUUGCCCCACCAUAGAUUUAUUUGCAUCGCGGUUGAAUCAUAAAUGGCCCCAAUAUAUGUCGUGGCAUCAAGAUCCAGGCGCAAUCGCAUGUGAUGCAUUUACUGUUCCCUGGAACUAUAAUUACUUUUACGCUUUCCCACCGUUUGCUCUAGUCUUACGCACAAAGCUGAGGGCGUAGUGGUAAUGCCGCAUUGGCCUUCACAACCAUGGUCCCCAUUUUUCGAAAGACUGUUGACUAGCCCAGUUAUAUUUUUUGAACCAGACGAGUCACUGUUAACAUCCCCUUUCAGGACACGUCAUCUACUUGCAGCCAACCUCACCCUGGUGGCAGGGAAAUUAUCGGGGAAGGCUUACGCUUGAAGGGAAUGCCACCAGCGGCUAUCACCACUGCAAUAGCGUCCAUUACUCCCAGCACCUUAAGACAAUAUAACGUCAGCUACAAGUUAUAGAGAUAUUGUUACGAAAAGGGAAUCCCUGUUUACACCACCCAAACAGAGGCGGUAAUCAUCUUCUUACAACAUUUGUAUACAAAAACGAAUGCUGCUAAUAGCACCUUCAACUCCCAUCGCUCAGCGUUAGCUGUCAUCCUGCCCGCCGAUGUUGGAAACGACAGUAAUCUAAGAAGGUUUCUUAAAGGCAUAAAACGAUUGUCUUAAAGGCAUAAAACGAUUGAGGCCCCAAAAACUCAAAUAUCAAACGACUUGGGACCUCAGUCGUGUUUUAGGACACCUGAAAACGUACUUCGCCCAGCACCCUCGCCCCCUCAGCCUUUUAUCAGCAAAAUUAAUUACCCUACUAGCGUUGAUAACAGGACAACGGCUGCAGGCACUGCAUCUUAUCAAAUUGUCUCAGAUUGGGGAAGACGAACAAGGUUUCAAAAUUUGUCAUUGAUCACACCACGAAACCUUCAAUUCGCAGCGGGGAACAGCCCUGACUGCACAUUCCAUACUUCCUCGACCAACCAGCGACAUGUGCGGCAAUCACGCUCACGGACUACAUAGACACAACCAAAACCUUUAGUCGUUGGAUCAAACGUAUAUUGGAAAAAUCGGGGGUGGACAUAUCAAUUUUCACGCCCCAUUCCACGAGACAUGCAUCGAGCUCUUCAGAAAAACGACCGGGCUGUCUUCAGCGAUGAUAAACAAAACGUGUGUGGGUGGUCUAAUACCUCCAAAAUGUUUACACAAGUCUAUAAUCGACCCUUGCGGGACACAUUCGCCUUCGGACGAAAAAUUUUACAGACCGCAAAAUAUCAAUCUUGUUACCUUGACCAAUUUACACUAGGGGGCAAGUUCUUAUUCUUUUUUGCACAACCUUACUAACUUUAAACAGCUACCAGUAUCUAAAAUCAAGUGAUAUCGAGGACUGGACGUCGUGAUAUAAUUGUCAAAUCAAACGAACUUACCUGUGAAGUUCGAUUCCAAUUAUAUUAGACGUCCAGUCCGAAGAUAUCACUUCCCACCCAACCCGUACACGGCAUAAAUCUUUACCCUCACGCCAGGUUGUGCAUUCCACUUUAAACAAAAUGACGCAGCAACGGAGAAUCGGUGGAGCAGUACCCAGAGAGGGGGAAAUAACAAUUUUUAAACUCAGUGGCGUAGAGUAGCACAAAGGGCAUACUACCAGUAUCUAAAAUCAAGUGAUAUCUUCGGACUGGACGUCUAAUAUAAUUGGAAUCGAACUUCACAGGAGCUUUCGGUACGGCAACUCUAUAUCGACGAAUUCAUGACGGAAAACAAGUGGUCAUGAAGGAAGUGUUUAUCAUGGAUAUGGAUAAUUCGGAACGAAGGGCUGCUCUGAAUGAGGUAGAAAUACUGUCUACACUAAAUCACCCCAACAUCAUAAAAUAUCUCGGAAGUUUUCAAAAGGAAGGGUCAUUAAUAAUCGUAAUGGAGUAUGCAGAUGGUGGAAACUUGACUCAGCUCAUUAAUGCAAAAAGGAAUAAAAAUGAAGUGUUCUCGGAAAAGAGCGUUUUAAACAUAAUUUCGCAAAUAUGUGCCGCACUAGCUUACAUGCACGCGAAUAAAAUUCUGCAUAGGGAUUUAAAAUCUGCCAAUAUCUUUCUAAACAUGAAUGGUAAUGUCAAAGUUGGGGAUUUCGGAAUAUCGAAAGUGCUGAAUACUAGAUCUCAGGCGCAAACUGUUGUUGGAACUCCGUAUUAUUUAAGUCCAGAGAUGUGUGAAGGUUAUGAUUAUAACGAAAAAUCUGAUAUUUGGGCAAUGGGAUGUAUUUUAUACGAAUUAGUUUGUUUAAAAAAGCCUUUCGAAGCAAUGACGUUGCCUGUUCUGGUACAAAAGAUUACAAAUUGUGACUAUAAAAGUAUUCCUCAAAUGUAUUCCAAAGAAUUAUCGCAUCUAGUUCACACGAUUCUUCAAAAAAAUCCGACCAAAAGGCCAUCAGCCAAGUAUAUUUACGACUCUAUACUUUCAAAAAUAAUGAAAAAAAAUGAAGCUUUAAACAGCAGGGCUUUUUCAUCUACAAAUACUUCUUUAAAUUUGGGAGUUCCACGAGAACGAUCAAUUUUGUACAAAAUUUAUGACUUUGGUAUAGAUCAAAAAGUAAUACCUCAGGAGCUGCCUCACAAAACGAUCUUGGAUUUUUCCGUCAGUUGUACCCACUAUAUUGUCGUUGUCUCAGAUCAUAACGUUUAUACAUGGGGUGAAAACACUUACGGCGAGUUAGCUUUAAAUGACGGGAUACGCAAUAGAGCUUUUGCAAUGUUGGUGAAUUCUUUACGAGGGAAACGAAUUGUUAAGUGUGCCGCUGGGAAAGGAUUUAGUAUCUUUUUAAAUAAAGAAGGAAUAGUUUUUAGUUGCGGAGAUGGGCAGGGAGGAUGCUUAGGACAUGGUGACUGGAAUUCACUACAAACUCCUAAAAUAAUUGAUUCGUUAGGAAACGUAAAUAUUACACAAAUUCGUUGUGGUGAUGAACACGUGGUUGCCUUAUCGACCGAUGGAAAAGUCUUUACUUGGGGUUCUUCCAAAAACGGCCAGCUCGGACAAGGUCAUACACAGUAUAGAUGCAUGCCAUUAGCCAUCAAACUCCUAAACUUAACAAAAAUCAAAAACAUUUUUUGUGGAGACAAUGAAAGCGUUUUAUUAACACAUACUGGACAAGUACUGGUUAGUGGUUGCAACGACCACCUCAAACUAGGAGUUCCAGAACAGGGCAAAAUUACCUUAUUCACCCCUAUUCCAUUAAAAGAGAAAAUCAAAUUUGUUUCAGUUGGCCCUAACCACACGAUGAUGUUGACCGAAAACGGAACUAUAAUUGCCUUGGGUCGAAACUCGGAAGGUCAGUUAGGGAAACGGAAUUACAUCCACUACACUCAACCACAAACGAUUAAAUUAAAAAAUAAGAUUACAAUGGUCGCGUGUGGGUUGAAUUUCACGAUAGCCCUUGACAAUACGAAUGUUUUGUGGUUCUGGGGCUCAUCUUAUAAAACGUGUAAAAAUAUUAGUAUGACGAACACGCAGAAAAGUAAGAGAAGUAAUUCAGUUCUGCCACUGACUAAAAAUGCGCAAGAUGAAACUAUUAUAAUUAAAGAUUUUGGUUUUGAUGAUAAUAUUGAGGAAUUUGAAGCUGAGAGUGUAAAGACACCGCGCUCAAUUUUGGCGUUUUAUUCUUCUGCAAGCAACGUCAAGUCGGGAAAUGUUAUUUAUGCGACAGAUAUUAAAAUAAAAAGUAAUAGUUUAUAUGUCUUGGCUCACACUACAACUCCUCCUCCUAUUAAACAGUUUACAGAUAGAGAUUUACAUAAUCAGGAUUCUAUGACACGAAUAGAAGGUACCACUAGAGCACCAAGUACAUUACCUAAUUUACCCAACAUGAUCUAACACAGCUAAAUACAUGACGUUUCUAGCAUGAACAAUUUUAGGGUGACCGAAUUUGGACAAGUGA